CUAUUGAUUUAAUUUUCAGACCAAAAGAAAUUUGUUAAUGGGAAACCAAUAUUUCAUUGAAAAAAUGGUAGUAGAAUUAAAGUAAAACCGCGUUAGAGAAAUAGUAGAAUUAAAGUAAAACCAAUAUUUCUUUUAGAAGUUCAUGCUGAUUAUCCCAAACCCCUUCAAUCACGCGAUCAUGUGUGGGAAAUCGUUGGAUUACAAUCGUAACCUUGUGAUUACCGUGAAAUUGUGAUUGAAUAAAAUUCUCUGUUAGAUAUUUCUGUUCAUUUUCUCCUCUCUCUGUUCCGUAACUUAACUUGCAUAAUUAACCUUUGUUCAGUUCUGAGCAGACACAUCACAACAAAAACAAAAACUAAUCAGCAAAAGAGAAGAUUCUUGAGAUCGAUCGAUGCAGAUAUCACCAUGGGAGGGAAGUUUGGUUCCGCCGCAACUACAGCUGGAUGAAGAAUUCAAUGAGAUUAUAUCAACUGGAAUUCAUAGGCGCGCCAUGUUUGAUGAGAAUGGAAGACUUAUUAGACACCAACUAAAUCUUUCUUCAAAACAGUAUGGGUUCCUACUAAUGUUAUUCACUGGCAUCCUAAGUUACCUCAUAAAAUCCUGUACCGCCCGUUUUGAAUCCUUUCAACCUGAAACAGCCACAGAGUCACAGUCACUAUUAAGCUUCGAGAGAGCAUUUUAUGCUUUCUUUCCUGAAGUAAUACAUAUCACCGGGUUCAUAAUAUGCUGGAUUAUAACUUUUAUCCUCACUUUGCCAUUACAACUUGUACUCCAAAUAUUUUUUGGUCUACUUUGGCUUUAUUCAGCAAUCAUUUAUUUUGUUCAGCUGGUGGAAAAGACUUCAGCCUCAAGGAUUCAUGUGACUUCCGGAGACUCACUCAAGUUGCCUUUAUUUUGGUUUGCAAUUAUACAGGCUGUUGGAUUUUCUCUUAUUGCUGGGUUACUAUUAUUCAUAAUCGUUUAUUUGAGCUGGAAGUUGGUACAUAAAGGUAACCCAAGAGCUGUGGAAGUUAAUGUCCAACAAAAUGAUUCUACCUGGUGGUUUUUUAUUUCUUUUGCAGCUGGGAGUCUGCAUAAUCUUUCUCGAACACAACAUGGGUUCUUACUGAUGCUAUUCGGUGGCAUCCUAAGUGGCCUCACUAAAACCUGCGCCACUCGAUUUGAAUCCUUCAAUGUUGGAAAAACCACAAACACCCCAGAGGAAGCAUUUUAUGCUUUUUUUCCUGAAGUAGCACAUAUCACCGGGUUCAUUAUAUGCUGGAUUAUAACUUUCAUCCUGAUUUUGCCGCUACAACUUGUAUUCCAAAUAAUUUUUGGACUACUUUGGCUUUGUUCAUCAAUCAUUUAUUUUGUUCACCUGGUGCAAAAGACAUCAGCUUCAGGGGUUCAUGUUGCUUCCGAAGAAUCAUUCAAGUUGCCUGUGUAUUGGUUUGCAAUUAUACAAGCGGUUGGAUUUUCUCUGAUUAUUGGGUUACUACUAUUCAUAAUUGUUUAUUUGAGCUGGAAGUACAUACAUAAAGGUAACUGUGAGAUAUUUGAUCGAACUCUAGUAUGACCGAAUGGUAGCUUCUUGGUUCGACAGGAUUAAUCAUGAAGUCGAAGGUUGUUCACAUGCUUGUGUCGAAGAUGCUAGAGUGUCGAAGAUGCUAGGGUUGUUAGCAUGUUAAAUUAUGUUUUAGUGUUUAAACCCUAAUUUGUUAAGUUAGCUUGUUUAUUAAGUUGACUUGUGUAAUGGGCCUUGAGGAAAAAACUCAUUAGUUAGUAUGUGAGAUUUUAUUAUAAAUA